AUGUCAGUGAAAUCAGCUUAUUGGCUUGGCCGGAGAGAGAACCCACCUACUAGUCAAGAUGUGUCAAGGGGAGAAAUUUGGAAAACCAAGAUUCAUGAGAGACUAAAAAUGCAUUUAUGGAGGAUUGCAGCAAAUUGUCUCCCUACUAAAUCCUUGUUGGCUAGAUAUAUUAAUAUUAGAGAUACGACCUGCUCAUUUUGUGGCAUGGAAGAAGAGACUUGUCUCCAUCUAUUUGUUAUGUGCCCAUUGACUAAAGCCAUUUGGUUUAAUAGCCAUUGGGGGUUCAAGUUUGAUGGUUUGGGUCUCUCUUCCUCCUCCCAAUUCAUUCAAACCUUAAUAUCUCCUCCGAAUGCAGUUGGGUUGAAUUCAUCUAUUAAGGCAGAAUUUUUACUACACGGUGCAGUGAUAUGUGAUGUGGUAUGGAAGUUAAGAAACAAAGUUCAAUUUGAGGGAACUUCUCCUAAUUUGGAGGGUAUGUUGUUAAAGAUAUUCAGAUCUGUUGCUGAGUUCAGGAAGGUCCUUGAGUCCCCGUUGGGGUCUUCAAGUAGUAGGAUCCAAUCAGUUUGGUCUAAACCAGAUAGGGACACUAUUAAGGUCAAUGUUGAUGUUGCCUGCAACUCUGAGAAUUCAUCCAUUGCGGCUGUAGCUAGAGAUUGGAGAGGGGAAGUGGUGUUUGCUUGCUCUAAAAGAGUAAACACCACACUCCCUCUCCAAGCAGAGGCAGAAGCUAUAAUCUGGGCUCUCAACUUGGCAGCAAACUUGGAUUCUAACUCCAUUUUCAUUGAGAGUGACUCGAAGACCUGCAUUGAUGCGCUGAGGUGUCCUAACCAAGAAGCUCCUUGGAGAAUAAAAACCAUCUGCAAUGAUGUUUUAGCUUUAAAAUUGAAUUUUUCUAAUUGUAGUUUCAGUUGGGUAGCUAGAGAAGCAAAUGUUGCUGCUCAUGUAUUAGCCAAGUGGUCUUUGUCAAACAACUACUUUGGCUCUUUUGAUGUGGGGUUGGGGCCUCCUUGCUUUGUUUCUGUUAUUAGAGCUGAGGCUCUUUCCUUGGCUGUGUAG